AUGUACUUGGAUAGGCGGAGUAACAUUAAACGACUUGAUGGUGAUUGUAAAGGCGCCUUGAAAGGUUUUAAAGAUUCUCUUGAUUUGAAAUUAAAAUCGUCAAGAGGCGAAAAUAUCGAUGUUAGUGACUCCUGCAAUAACAUUGGCGUUAUGUACACUAAUCUAGGCAAGUACCGUGAGGCUUUAGGCACGUAUAAAAAAUCAUUGAAGAAGCGAUCGAGAAUUAAAGGCGAGAAUGAUGCAGGUGUUGCUACAUUAUAUAACAACAUUGGUGGUGUCUAUUAUAACCAAGACAAGUAUGAUAAAGCUCUAUUAAUGCUUAAGAAAUCACUCUAUGCUAGCUGGACAACAUUUGGUAAAAAUCAUCCGAGUAUUGCUGCGACAUAUAACAACAUUGCAAGUGUCUAUCAUAAUCAAGGCAAGCAUGAUGACGCUCUAUUAAAGUAUAACAUAUCACUUAAGAUUAUACAAGAACAACUUGGUGACAAUCAUCCGAAUGCUGCUAAGUUAUAUGACAACAUUGGGGGUGUUUAUGAUAAUCAAGGCAAGUAUGACGACGCUGUAUCCAUGUAUAAGAAAUCGCUCAAGAUUCGGCUAGCAACAACUGGUAAUAACCAUCCGAGUACUACGCAAUCCUACCGAAAUAUAGCAACAAUCUAUCGUAAGCAGUCUAACUACACUCAAGCUAUCGAAUUCUAUCAAAAAUCAUUCGAUAGUUUAUGCUACCUCUACGGAGAAAAUCAUCCUCAAGUCGUCAAAGAUAAACAAAUACUUGACCAAUGUCGACUACUUAAAAGCAAGGCUAAUACCUCAUUAUGA